AUCAGUCACCACGCGAUUUUCGUGUAUUUCGUUGAUUUUCUCGAAGAAGUUAUUUGGUUUUGAGGAAAUAUAAUUAAUUUAAUUACAAGAAUGUUCGGAAAUCAACCUAUACUUGUUCUGAGCCAAAACACAAAACGUGACUCCGGCCGGAAGGUUCAGAUUGAGAAUAUCAACGCCGGGAAGACUAUAGCGGAUGUAAUUCGAACAUGCCUCGGACCUCAGGCUAUGUUGAAAAUGCUGAUGGAUCCGAUGGGUGGCAUUGUGAUGACGAACGACGGCAAUGCCAUCCUUCGCGAGAUCACUGUGCAGCACCCCGCCGCCAAAUCUAUGAUUGAAAUCGCCAGAACGCAGGAUGAAGAGGUUGGCGAUGGCACCACAUCAGUAAUAGUUCUAGCAGGUGAGAUGCUGGCCACAGCGGAGCCAUUCCUGGCUCAGAACUUACACCCAACUGUGAUCAUCAGAGAGUAUAGACAGGCUCUGGAAGAUGCCAUCAAACUGCUGCAGGACAAGAUUUCAGUGCCCAUUGAUUUGAAUGAUAGAGAUAAGUUGAAGGAUGUGAUUCGCUCCUGUGUAGGUACCAAGUACAUUGGCCGUUGGGCAGAUCUGGCCGUAGACAUUUCUCUGGAUGCAGUCAACACUGUCACUAUCAACGAUAAUGGCAGGGUUGAAGUUGACAUUAAAAACUACGCAAAAGUAGAAAAAAUCCCCGGUGGUUCCAUUGAGGAGUCACGCGUAUUAAGCGGCGUGAUGAUCAACAAGGAUGUGACGCAUCCGAAGAUGCGCCGCUACAUCGAAAACCCGCGUAUAAUACUUCUUGACUGUCCGCUUGAGUACAAGAAGGGAGAAAGUCAGACCAAUGUUGAGAUUUUGGGAGAGCAGGACUUCACAAAAAUGCUGCAACUCGAAGAAGAGCACGUACAACGACAGUGCGCUGAAAUCAUCGCCCUUAAACCCGAUGUAGUGUUCACUGAGAAAGGAGUCUCCGAUCUCGCUCAACACUACCUCGUCAAGGCCGGCAUCACCGCCAUCCGCAGACUACGUAAAACAGACAACAAUCGGUUGGCGCGCGCUUGUGGUGCGACUAUAGUGAAUCGCACAGAAGAGCUCAAAGAGAGCGACGUGGGUACAGCCGCCGGUCGCUUCGAGAUUAAAAAGAUCGGUGACGAAUACUUCACUUUUGUUACCGAGUGCAAGAACCCUAAGGCGUGCACAAUUUUACUACGCGGGGCCUCUAAAGAUGUUUUGAAUGAAAUUGAAAGGAAUCUUCAGGACGCCUUACACGUCGCAAAGAAUUUGAUACUGAACCCUCGCCUAGUGGCUGGCGGAGGUGCGGUGGAGAUGGCGGUGUCGCAGGCUCUGGCCGCCAACGGCGCGCACAACACGCCCUACCGCGCAGUCGCGCAGGCCUUGGAGAUCAUCCCCCGCACGCUGGCCCAGAACUGCGGCGCCAACACGAUCCGCACGCUGACGGCGCUGCGCGCGCGACACGCUGUCUCCUGCGCCUGCACCGUCGGCAUCGACGGCGACAACGGGGAGAUCGUCGACAUGGCCGUUAAGGGGAUUUGGGAGCCACUCGCGGUCAAACUACAGGUGUACAAAACGGCAGUGGAGACAGCGAUCCUCCUGCUCAGGAUCGACGACAUCGUAUCGGGCUCCAAGAAGAAGGACCGCGAACCAGCUGCGCCCGCGCAGAUGGCCCAGGGCAUGCAGGAAUAACACACGCCCACAAAGCUUAGUUAGCAUAUUCGGGGAUGACAUUCUAAUUCAUACUUAGACUCGCUAGUAAUAAAAUUUCAGAUUCACUAAGCCGAGCCACACUAUUUUGGCAUAGACUUGAUUAUGGCGAAAUAUCUUGCUAGAAAAGAGAAGCGCUGAAACGCGGUUAAAUCAAAGCCAGCCCUACCGAAGUAGAGCUCCAGUUAACAUUUACUGAAGAAUGUAUUGUAAAUAUAUUGAAGUGUCCAAUACGAUAUCACUAUUUUGACAUUAUUGACAGAAACACAUAGUCAAUUAGUCUGUGAUAAAAGGAACAACGCUACUACACGGGUAAAAUACGUGCCCGUUUGUUUUUUAUUAGUUUCUAAACACU